AUGAUCUCUCAGGCUUUCGUUUUGUCAGCUUUGGCAGUAGCAGCUUUUGCCAGUUUGCAUCAUGAACCCGUUCACCAUCCCCAACCUUUCAAAUUCGGCUACAGCGUGAAGGACAAACAUGGUGAACAACAUCGUGAAGAAGUCGGCGAUGGCAAGAACGUGAAGGGAAGCUACGGAUUCACCGAUGCCAGGGGAAUCCACCGACAGGUCAACUACGUCGCUGACCACGGAGGUUUCAGAGCUGAGGUCAAGACCAACGAACCUGGAACUGCCAACCAGAACCCAGCAGCCGUCCACAUCAUCUCCAAUGCCCCCUAUGGACACGGAGGAUAUGCCGGAGAUGCAGGACUCAGAUAUGCCGGAGUUGGAGGUGCAGGAUACGGAUAUGGUGGUCUUGGAGCUGUCGGAGUGGGAUAUGGAUACGGUGGACUUGGAGCAGCUGGUGUAGGAUAUGGAAACGCUGGUCUCGGAGGAUAUAAUGGUCUCGGCAAUGGACUCCUUGGAGGUUUGGGAUACAGACGAUAUGGUUUUUAG